AUGACAGUUGACGAAGAAGAAACAUUCAAAACAUUCAACGAAUUCAGAAGUGACACAUUCACAGUGCCCACAAAGUCGAUGAUUGAAGCGGGCUUCAUGAAUGCGACAUAUGGUGACUCCGUAUACUGCGAGGAUGAAUGCACCUUGGAAUUGGAACUGCGGAUGUGCCAAAUUACUGGCAAAGAAGCCGCCCUUUUCUGCAGUAGUGGAACCAUGUCGAAUCAAAUCGGACUUCGUGUCAACUUGAUGCAACCCCCAUAUAGUAUCCUAUGCGACUAUAGAGCACAUGUGUUUUUACACGAGGCUGGAGGACUCGCAACCUUGAGUCAGGCUAUGGUUCACCCAGUAAUUCCUUCCAACGGAAACUACUUGACUUUUGAAGAUGUCAUUGCCAAUGUCACCUUGGACGAUGGUGACAUCCACGCGGCACCAACUAAAGUGAUAUCAUUGGAAAAUACCUUGCACGGAAUCAUUAUGCCAAUCGAGGAGAUUGCCAAGAUUAGCAGAUUCUGCAAACAAAACGAUAUAAAAUUACAUUUGGACGGAGCUAGAUUGUGGAAUGCCUCAGUAGCCACUGGAAUUCCAAUUAUGGAGUACUGUUCAUAUUUCGACACUGUUUCCUUGUGUUUGUCCAAAUCAUUGGGUGCACCAAUGGGAUCGAUAUUGGUUGGCCCAUCACAAGCAAUCCGCAAGGCAAACCACUUUAAGAAACAAAAUGGAGGUGGAAUUAGACAAUCAGGUAUCAUGGCUGCAAUGGCUCUACAUGCAAUCAAGUACAACUUGCCCAAGAUUGAGAAAUCGCACGCAUUUGCCAAAAGCAUUGGCGACUUUUGCAAUGAACACAAUAUCAAGUUGGAAUCACCAGUGGAUACAAACUUUGUAUUUAUAGAUAUCAAGGCAAACAAGAUGGACGACAAGGUGCUAAUUGAUUUGGGUAAAAAACACAAUGUCAAACUCAUGGGUGGUCGAAUUGCAUGUCACUUUCAAUUAAGUCCUCAAAGUGUUGAAAAUGUAAAGAAUUGUCUUUUGGAGUGUCAGCAGUAUAGCUUGAAAUGUCCUCAUGUGCCCGAUGGAAAGAAUAAUAAAAAAAUGUACAACUUUGAUGCUAUUAAAGUUGCAACUGUUUAA